GAGAGAUGAUAAUAAAUAAAAUAGUACAUCAUCAGUGCUGCAGCAAAGAGAAAGUAAAGAGGGGACUGUGGUCUCCGGAAGAGGAUGAGAAGCUUGUCAGCCAUAUCACUGCCCAUGGCCACGGCUGCUGGAGCUCUGUUCCUAAACUAGCAGGGUUGGAAAGGUGCGGGAAGAGCUGCAGAUUGAGGUGGAUAAACUAUCUACGGCCAGACGUGAAGAGGGGUUGUUUUACAGAGGAAGAGGAGAUGACAAUCAUUGACGUACACAGGAUAUUAGGCAACAGGUGGUCUCAAAUAGCUAAGCACUUGCCUGGCAGGACUGACAAUGAAGUUAAGAAUUUCUGGAAUUCUUGCAUCAAGAAGAAGCUCCUUUCUCAAGGCUUGGAUCCCACCACUCACAAUCUCCUCCUUUCUUCUUCUUCUUCCAACAAUAUCAUCACCACUUUCUCCGUCCAUCAACAUUCAUCAUCUUCUACUGCUCCUCCUCCCAAUAUUAUCAUUAAUAAUAAUGAUGAUCUUCUUAUAAUAAACGACCCGGCCUCAUCAUCAACCACCCUUUCCGGACUAGUACUUACUAAUAAUUCAACUCAAACUACUACUACUCCUAGUAUGAUGUUUUCUUCUCCUUCAUCCACCUGCGGAUUCACUACUAGUACUAGUCUACUUAAUCAUCAUCCCUAUAACUUCGAUAAUAUUAUUCAUAAUUUGGAUCAUUAUUCAGGCCGCUGCCUCGUUGAUCCUUUGCCAAAUGCAUUGCAGCAGCAACACCAGCAGAUUUCAUCAUGUGGACUACUUUAUUAUAACCAUCAUGAUGACGAUGAUCAACUAAGUAUAUUAUUGAACUCAUCGGGUAUUAUUCAUCAUGAUCACCAAGAACCGGAUUAUCAUCAACCGAAUACUAAUAUUCAUACUUUCCAUGGGAGUAUUACUAGUCACUUUGAUUUCGAUUUUGUGGAUUCUGCAUUCAUACUGCCUCCCCCGGUUUAUACUACUACUACUACUCAUUUAGACGAUGAUCAACGUCUUGCUUGGGAUUGUUGAAUACUGUUAAUAUAUUUAUUACCUUCACUUUCAUUCUUUUACCAAUUCUAGUGUGCGUACGUCUCCACAGCUUUAUUUCGCCCAAUAACUUUUUCUUGAUUACAUACAAAACGAAUAAAAUCUCUACUUUUUACAAUUUCUCAUUCAACUCCUCCAAUCUAAAAUCAGAUGGUUGUGAAUCAAGCUCAAUCCAACAAAUACAAUCACUCAUAUCAAAUUCCACAAUCGAGUACAGAUCAUGCACAUAACAA